AAUAAUAAAAACACACACGCGAUCAAGAGAAAAACAAGAACACACUCACGAACAGCAGAUAGACGCAACACAAACGCGGCGCGCGUGCUGCUGCAGACUCGAAGAGCUGUACGCAGCGCAGAGGCGCACCAUGCCUUGUGCGGACGGUGAGCUGUGCCACCAACCAGACAAGACGCCGCAAGCCCCUCAUGGCCACGUCUGUCAUGGAGGAUGUGGCGGGCGGCUCCACGGCAACUGCGGCAGCAUGGUUGGCGACAUCGAAACAAGGCGAAUCUGCUGCUCGUGCGUNAGCGGGCGGCCCCACGGCAACUGCGGCAGCAUGGUUGGCGACAUCGAAACAAGGCGAAUCUGCGGCUCGUGCGUCGCAAGAGCUGGCAAGCGCAAAGAGAUACCAGCUGAUGGCGGUGGCGGUGAGAACACGGGGCGCGAGCGCCGUGGUCCACCGGCUUAUAGUGGGCUGUCACCUCACUUCGGCGUCCUGGAAUCGGCAGCAGAUGAGAGUGGCAAUGGAGACGCGGCGUUCCAUCUGCAGAAAGCAAAAAUGGCGAUGAUCGCAGCGCAUGCCGCUAAGCGGGUGCGCCAGGCAGACAUGAGAGAGUUUGUCGAGACGUAG